GCCAGUGUGGGCUGCACCAGAUAGUGCCUCCCUUUUCUUCUCCUCUCUGUUUUUCCUCUCCCUCUUUUUCACCCCUUUAUUUUUCCAUCUACUCUGACGUUAGUUACACAGUACGUGACUGGAGUACGCUCCACUGCUGCAGUGGGACCGGUCCAGAUAAUCCCCCACUAACAGGAGCGAGGGGCAGUCACCUCCCAUCAGGCUCUGAGCUACAGUCUAUGGUUACAGCACACCAGUGAUGAACAAUAAGUUUGGUUACCCAACCCCAGCUGUUUAAUUAUGCAGACUAAGAAGGCCCCCCAUCUGAGGUUUAGAACCAGCAGAUGCUGCUCCUUCAUCUUACUGUUUAUCUGCAGCUCCCGAGUGAAGACGCCGUCAACACCGCCUCAUUUUUAUUCUCUCUCUGUGUGAAGCCACCGUUUUGGAAUUUAUACUUGUCGAGACGCUGUUGUUAUUCUUGGGACAAAGUUCUGCUGCAGUGAGUUGACAUGGAGAACAUCAAGGUGAGUACUCAGGAAUUUGGAAAGAUUUGGAAAAAAUGUGUUUUAGUGAAUCUACUCUCUAAUUUGAUUACCUAUAUAUACACUGUGCAAUACAUUAGAACAGACCAGGGCAAACUAUGGCCAGUGGGCCAGAUACUGCCCGCUGGGCUCUCUAAACUGGCCCCCAACCACUUUACAUCUAACCAAUACUGAAUUGGUCAAAUUAGCAUUAGCAUGUGUGUGUGUGUGUGUGUGUGUGUGUGUGUCCUGCAGCCAGUGAAGGAGGUGCUUCCUUUGCCACGCCACUCCGACGCUCCUCCUCUCACCUGUCCUCCUGUCACUGCAGCCCCUGCUGCCAGGAAACAGCCUACAGGCUCCAGCAUGCAGCAUAUACAGUUGGCCUCUUCAGUGGUGACAUCGUUGAACCAUCUGAGGCCUCUGGAGAGAGACCUCAGCCUCAUGUCCCAUGUCAAGUCCAUCAGGUCUCUGAGACAGGCUGGUCUCACAGCUGUCUUCACUGGACCAACUAGGCUCGAAAAUGAGGAGGUUUUCGAAAAGGAGCCGGUCCUUGAUGUGAUUUUGGCCGACAUAGAUUCCCUGGUGCCGACUCACGAUGAGGCCGGACGACCCAUUGCAGAAUGGAAGAGACAGGUGAUGGUACGGCAGCUGCAGGUCAGGCUGCAGGAUGAGGAGAUACAGAGGAAACAGGACAUGACUAAUGGCUACAUAACAGCAGAUGAUUGGAAAUAUUCCCAUGCUCACAAAGCGGUCCUGGGGCCUUUCGGUGAACUCCUGACCGAGGAAGACCUGGUGUACCUGCAGCAGCAGAUCGACACGCUGUCGCUGCAGAAACACUGUCAGGCCUACGAGCUGGAGCUGACCAGGCUGACGGAGGAGCUGAGAGCCUUCCUCCCUGAUCCCAUUCUCAACAUCUCCCUUAACAAAGAAGUCUUAGAACAGAUGACAGCUCAGGGCAAAAUGCAACUGACCUUGCCUCUGUGGUGCAGCCGUGUUUCCGAGAUCGUCAGGAGCAUGUCUGUGCUUGUAGAUAAUCUGAGCCAUACAAAAGGAUAUGUGAAUAAUAGCAUAGUAAUGGGUGGCAUGGUGAAAGAAAUUGAAGAGAUACAGGGUCUGAAAAAUGGUUCAGGAAUGGAUGUGGGCCGAGAGGCAUUGUCAGUGCAUGUGGAGACCUCUAGUGGAUGCAGGAUUCCUCACAUAGGCAUGGCGUCUGCCUUCAGCCAUCGUUUAGAGACCAACAGCUGCAGCAGAGCACAGAGAGAAAAGGUGGAGCGGGAGAUCCAGCUGUCUGGUGUGUCGGUCAGAACCCUGAGGUGUAACUUUGAAGGUCAGAUAGGUGGGAUUUAUCCAUUCGCCGGAGUGUUGAAGGGAAGUCAGGCUUUCAAGAACCAGGCGGCAAAUGGGCCUUUAGUAGGAAACAGUGACAAAUCCAGCACAGGCCUCUUCUCUGAGCUGAGCUAUUAUGAACCUGCUAAAACAUUUAUACCAGUGAUGGAGACUACCAGCUUGAGGAAAGAGCGUAUUGUCGUUCUGUUCCUGAGCCACUGGAAGCGGUCGGCUUAUGCUAUUUCGCUCAGAGCAGCAAAGCAAACCGCGCCGCCAAAGAAAAUCAUCUCCAUGUUUGAGUUUUGCCAACAGCGAGUUGCUGUCAACAACAUUCUGAACACGUGGAGGAAAAAACUUGCACUCAAAGAUGUGCAUGUGUCCCCUUUGUCCACCCCCAACUCACUAAGUCCCGGUAGACUAACCUACUCCCCCGAGCAGUUCCUGCCUGCUGUGGACGGUGUUCUACUGGACCAUGACAGUCUGACUCUGGAUCUCUUCAUGCUGGGAUACUUUCACAUCUUAGAGCAGGAUCUGCCCCCAGAAGAGAGGAAAAUGAGGCACCUGCUCUGUUUCGAGGUCUUCGACCAUGUCGGCAGCUUCCCCUGGGAGACGGUUCUUAACUUCCACAAGGCUGUGAUCAAGGAAAUCCAGUCUGGGAAGAGACAGUGGAGUGACGGCUUCGAGGACAUUAAAGUCCGUUUCUUUGGAGCAGCAGGAUCUUGCUGCGGUCAGUCUUGGCAUCCAUCGACGUUAUCGUCAUCCCAGUCAGAAGCCCAACUGGUUCCCGAAGUUACAGUUCAAGCUGCCCCUCCAGAGAGCAGCAGUGACACAGACGUUUCUUGUUUUGACAACGAAGACAUUUGUAAAUACAUUGACCGCAGCUUUGCUUUUUGGAAGGAGAAGGAGGCAGAAAUCUUUGAUUUUGGGCAUUUGUUUUGAGAAUUAAUAUAAUAAUAUUUCUCCUUCUAUAUUAAU